AUGACAACACCAGAAAUAAUGAAUGGAAGUGAAGAUGUUCGUACAAGAUUUUCACAUUCAAAAGCAUUGUUUCAACAACUUGAAAAAGAACGUAUGGAUCACCUACCAUCAUUUUAUUCCCCCAGACCAUCACGUCAUAUUGUUUUAAGAGGACAUAAUAAUAUUAAUGAUAGUGACAUGGUGACAACUACCACACACAAAAACAAUAUAAUAAAAGGAGGAGAAUGUAAAAACUCAUUCCAUACAUCAAAUGGUACAAUUACAAAUUCAACUAAUAUGAAUAAUAGUUAUCAGGAUUGUGGUAAAGAAAUGUCUCCAGUUUCAUCAACAUCAUCUUCUGUUACUGCAUCCUCAACUAUUUCAUCUAUUAAUUCAUCAUCUACAGCAUCAACUUUAAAUAUGAUUAAUUCUACAAAUAAUAUUAAUACUUCUACUAAUAAUUCAUAUAUAUCACCAGUUGCAGCUUUAGCAGCUAAAUUCAAUAAUCCACAAAUGUCAAAUUUCAAGAAUAAUAUUCCACCACCUGUACCACCUAAACCAAAUACAAAUAACUAUAAUACUUCAUCUGUCCAUCAACAAAGAAAUAAUACAUCCUCCCCAACUAGUCCUAUAGUAUCACAGGUUGAAGAAAAUUUUAAUCAAUUAGCUUCUGAAUUAGAUAAAAUUAAAAAUUUAUCUAAUUAUAAUUCAUAUUCAUCAUCUACUAAUACAAAAUCAUCUAAUAAUAUGGUAUCUAAAAAUAUUUCUACUAAUGAUAAUGAAAAAAAUUCAUCAUAUGAACCAUAUUGGAGAGAUCCAUCAUAUUACAAAAAAAGAUAUGGUAUGGAUAAUAAUUCAAUUGAAGAAAUUAAUAAUAAGAAAAUUGAUAAAAAUAAUAUAUCAUCUCAUACAUCAACUGCCUCUUCAACUAAUAUAUCAUCACCAUCAGGAUCUGAAAGUGGUGAUAGUUUAAUUAAUGAAAUAAAUUCAGAUAAUAUUACUAAUACUUCAUCAUCAUCAUCAACAAAAAAAGGUACAACAUUUGCCUUGAUUAGAAGUAAAUUUGAUUCUGGAGCAUUUGAUAAUAAUAAACAAUCUAAUAGUGAUAAUGAGGAAGAUAAUGAAAUUGGUAAUCAAAAUUAUGAAGGUGGUUUUGUUGGUACAAUACGUGGUUUAUCACCAGAUCCUGAAUCUGAAGAAAAUAAAAAAGUUAAAUUUUCAACUAAUCCAAUAGAAGUAUAUUCAGCUUAUGCUGCUGAAGAUUAUGAUAGAAGAAAUGAGGAUGUUGAUCCUGUUGCAGCAUGUGCAGAGUAUGAAUUAGAAAGAAGAUUAGAAAAAAUGGAUUUAUUUGAUGUUGAAUUAGAAAAAGGUCCAGAAGGUUUAGGAGUAUCAAUAAUUGGAAUGGGUGUUGGUGCUGAUAGUGGUUUAGAAAAAUUAGGUAUUUUUGUUAAAAGUAUAACACCAGGUGGUGCUGUACAAAAAAAUGGAGAAAUUCAAGUAUGUGAUCAAAUAGUUAGUGUUGAUGGUAUUUCACUUGUUGGUGUUAGUCAAAUGUUUGCAGCAGAAACAUUAAGAUCAACAGGAAAAUCUGUUGUAUUUACAAUUGGAAGAGAAAAAAAUUUAGAUGAUUCAGAGGUUGCCCAAUUGAUACAACAAAGUUUAGAACAAGAUCGUUCCCGACAACCAUCAUUUUAUAAUAACAAUAAUAAUAAUAGUAACAAUAAUACAACUACAAAUUCACCAAUACUUCCAAAAAAUAAUAAUAAUUAUUCACAAAAAUCUAUUGGAAGUGUUGUAACACCACACUCAGAAAGUACAACAUCUGUCUUUUCAAAAUCAUUUAUGGAUGAUACAGAAAUAAAAUCAAGAAUAUCUGCAUUAGAAGUUGAAUUAAAUGAUUCACAAAGAAGAACAGAAAAAAUGGUUGAAAUAUUAGAAUCAUCAAGAAAUCAUUGUAAAUUAUUAGAACAAAAAUAUGAUCAAGCAAGACAAUUAUUAGAAAAUUAUCAAAAUCGAGAAAAAGAAUUGUUAGAAAGAGAGGAAAGUCAUAUAGCUCAAUUAAGGAGUAAAGAUAAUCAAUAUUCUCUGUUAAUAGACCAACUUAAAGCAAGAAUAGAUGAGUUGGAGAGAAAGAUGUCUACUCCUUCACAACAAAAUACCUAUACAACAAAUGAUUAUAAUUCUUUGUUACAUAAUAAAGAUAAAAAAUGUUCAUCAAAUAUUAAUACAUUAGAAAAAGAAGUACCAAAAAUUGUACCAAGAAGUUAUCCAAGAACAUCUUCAAUGUCAUCAUCAAUGUAUAACAAUAAUACACCUGGAUCUGGACAUGCUUUUAUGUUACAACAAAGUAGUAUGUUUAAUAACAAUAAUAGUAAUACAAAUAAAGUUAUGUCUCAAAGUGUUUAUACUGAUUGUACAGAAUCAUCUAAUAAUAAAAGAAAUACAAUAAGAAGAAAUUCAGAAACAGAGGAGAAAUGUUAUACACCUAAUAAUGAUCCAUCAAAUAAAAAUCCAUCAUAUCCCAAUAAUACUUCUUCUUCUAAUAACAAUACAGGUCCAUAUAAUUCACAUAAUUCUUUAUUAUCACCAUUACCAAGAACAGCUAAUAGUAGUCCUCAACCAAGAAUAUCUGAACCAGUUUCUCCAGCAACAUCAACUAAAUUUUUACAUAAUCAAAGAAGAAUACUAUUUCCAUUACGAAAACGUUUUGCUAUGCAUACUGAAUGUGAAUUUUGGAGACCAUCAUCAGUAGAACAAGGUCUUCAAGUUCUUUCAUGGACAGGUGAUGACAUCUGUCAACUUCUAAUACAAAUAGGUCUUGACAAAUAUAUACCAGAAUUUACAAUUAAUGAAAUAAAUGGACCAAAAUUUUUAGAAUUAGAUGGUACAAAAUUAAAAAAUAUAGGUGUAAGUAAUCACUCAGAUAGAGCCAUAAUAAAGAAAAAAAUUAAAUCAAUUAAAAAUAAAAUAGAAAAAGAAAGAAAAACUCUUGAAAAAUUAAGUAGACAAAGGGCUGUUGCUAUUUCUAAUAAUAGUAAUCCACCACAAAUUACUGAUGUAAUGUCACCACCACCACCUAGUAAUAGAUCAAUUAGUCCAGGAUCAACUGCUGUCUAA